AUGUCGUCCUCCGAAGCCAUCACCUCCAUCUCCCUGCAGUCCCUGGAGAAGCUCUCCACAGGCAAGGUCCGCGAUCUCUUCGGCCUCGACGACAAGUCCCUGCUCUUCACUGCCACCGAUCGCAUCUCGGCCUACGACGUCGUCCUCUCCAAUGGCGUCCCCGGAAAGGGCCUCAUCUUGACCCAGAUCUCCGCCCAUUGGUUCUCCGUGCUCGAGCAGAGAGUGCCCGGCCUGAAACACCACCUGCUAUCCCUGUCGGCGCCGGCCUCAGCUCCCUUGACGCCGGAGGAACGUGGCCUGCUCCGUGGUCGAACCAUGGUGUGCCGCCGGCUCAAGGUGUUUCCCAUUGAAGCUAUUGUGAGAGGCUACAUCACCGGCAGCGCCUGGAGCGAAUACAUCGCCCACGGUACCGUCCACGGCAUUCCUCAGCCUGCCGGGUUGCAGCGAUGCGGCGCUUUCCCCAACGGGCCCAUUUACACCCCAUCCACAAAGGCCCCUGCAGGCGAGAAAGAUGAAAACAUCUCCCCCCAGCAGGCCGUCGAAAUCGUAGGAGACAAGUAUGCCGCCCGCAUCCAAGAGCUUAGUCUGUCGGUGUACAGCGCCGCCGCCGCCUACGCCCGUGAGCGCGGCAUCAUUGUUGCCGAUACCAAGUUCGAAUUCGCCCUUGACGAGGCUACCGAUGAAGUCGUCUUGGUGGACGAGGUCUUGACCCCUGACAGCUCAAGAUUUUGGAAUGCAGCCGAGUGGAAGGAGGGUAGCGAGGCCCCUUCGUACGACAAGCAGUUUGUCCGCGACUACUUGACCAGCAACGGACUCAAGGGCAAGCCAAAUGUCGAGCUACCCGAGGCCGUCGUCCAGGAGACAGCGCAAAAAUACAAAGAUGUGUUUGAGAGACUGACGGGCAAGACUCUGGACCAAGCUCUGGCCGCCUUGGAAAAUUAG